AUGGCCCAGGCACCUCCCGUCUUUACCCCGGACAGCGAGUUUGCUGAGCUGGAAACCCCGCGCGGCCCAAAGGCCGGUAGCCUUUCUAUCACGGCGCUGGCUAGAUUUGAGUUCGAGGCUGGAAAGGGUAAUGAUGGAACCAAGAUUCUGAUGAUCGAAUGGGAGGACGACGAUAUCACCCGGUCUUCCUCGGAGGGGUCUUGGCAGGUUUCGUGGGAAGGCAAGACCACUGUCCUGCCGGCGCAUGAACGUCCAAAUGACAACACUCGCCGAUUCUACUUCCUGCUCCCACCGAAUGUCACCAUUCCACCAGUCGUCACACUAUCAUACGAGCCGCAGACCACGGACAAUAAUGCAACUCGAUCGUCCACGGCCCGCGAAGUCCUCCAGCUCAACCCGUUGCCUGCCAUCUUUCCCCCGGAACUGGGAGCGACUGGCCGCGCAGCCGGCAAGAAAGGCGUGCUUCACACAAUCUGGGCUAAGAAGCGACUACGCGUCUUGGAGAAUGAGAUUCGCGAUGAAUGCUUGACCAAUGCCGAAGGAGUUGCGCUGCAUAUGGCAGUACAGGAGAAGGAAUGGAUUGAAGGGAACUUCGGCUUGAGUCCGCGCGGCGUUGAAAGUGUUGCGAGUGACUCUUCAACUUCUUCCUCCGUCUACCCAACGGGACCGGCCACGCCCGUGUCGCCCAUCAGCGGAAGGAAGCUGACUGAUAAGCUGAGAGGAUUGAAACUCCAAACUAGCGAGAAGGAGCUAGCCGCGAAUGACAGUGCAAACCCUGCGCAUCUACUCUCCCCUCAGUCGCCUGAUGUUGCUGUCUCCUCGUUUAGCUCUUUCCGCAACAUCGCUAACCGAGCUCCUCACUCAAUGCUAACGCCGGACACGAAUCCUACUCCAACUCCAAGACUUCAAGCGCCCUCUGGGCCCGAGUCUUUCAGGCCUGUUGCGCUUCAUCCACCCGAGUCCGUUCAAGAGGCCCAGCAAACCAGUGAGACUGGAGGGUUCGCCGCAAUUGGCUCUAUGACAACAAUUGCACGCACUGCGAGCGCCGACUCUGGCGAUGAUCUAUUCGCUAAAGCCUUGAGUCCUCGCUCUCCAGAUCUGCCUCGGAGCCCAUUCUCAUUUGCUUGA